AUGAGGUUUUCAGUUUUCGGUAAACAGAUUGCCAUCACAAUGCCCCGACAGGCCCGACCAGAAAUCACAUUUACCAAACAGGGUGCGGUGGUUGAAGCGCAGUCGAAGCCCUCGUUUCAAGUAACACCACGGUCGGUGGUGUCUGCUGCAGACCGGGCUCUGUGCACACUGAACACGGCCCUCAUGAGACUGCAGUCAACCAGUGAGAUGGAAAGAAAGAUAGUUGUGAAGAAAAGCAACGGUGACUUCGAUGUUGUGACUUCCCUAUCACAGAGCGAGUCGCGGGACGAGUUUGGCGGUUCUAGUACAGUGUUAUGGAUCUCAAGCGCUGGACACAAAAGUACACGGAAGAAAAGAACGGAGCAGACAAACACGACUACAUGA